UUUAUAAAGAAGCCGUAUUAUUAGCAGUUAGAAUUUUGAAGACCCAAUGUUAUUUCCUAGAGUGCUUGAGACUAGUUUUUUUCCUACGGAUUUAGGACGAUUGAUUCAUAGUACAUUUGAUGAACCUUUGAUUUAUUUCAAAGAGAAUCUAUCAGACAGAACUUUAUCUCCAAGGAUUGAUAUGUCAGAAUCUGCUAAUGGAUAUCAAAUUGAAGCAGAAUUACCAGGACUAGGAAAAGAUAAUAUAAUAAUUGAGUUUAUUGAUGAGAAAACGAUUGUUAUUCAAGGACAUAUUGAGCGAAAUAGUAGCAGUAAAUUGAAUGGAAAUGGGCCAACAGUAGAGGAGAUAUCGGAUGAAGAAUCGAAAUCUAAAUCUAAAACUAAAUCUCUUAAAGUUUGUGAAAAAAAUGUAUCAAAAAACCCACCUCAUGUUACCUAUUGGUAUAAAGAGCGAGCCAUGGGUGAAUUUAGUCGUAAAAUCCACUUUCCGACAAGUGUUGAUAGAGAUCAUGUUAAAGCAUCUUUGGAAAAUGGUAUAUUAAAGAUCAAUGUUCCUAAAUCAGCUUGUUCGGUUAGCAGAAGGAUUGCUAUUGAUUAGAUAUCUGUAAUGUCUUUUUUUGGCUUGAUAGUUAUGUUUCUUUGCG